UACCUCAAAUUUUAACAGCUAAGUCUAACAUAACAACUCAGCCAAAGAGGAGAGAGAAAGUUGAGUUGGAAGGAAGAAAGAACGAAGACGUCGGUUGAGAUUUUGUGCUCAUUUUAAUGGCAACCUUCGCUUCUUCUCCCGCCACUUUCUCUCUCCUCCCUUCACCGUCGCCGUCUUCACAACCACCGUCUCGUCUCUCUCUUCCUUUCUCUCUCCUCAAACUCACCUCUUCUUCUUCCAUACUUUCUAGAAGAUGUCGGAGAUUUGUUGUUGUUGCUGCUGCUUCGUCUUCUCCGUCUUCGUCGUCGUUCGAGGAGUUUGAUUCUGGUGAUAGUGCUAGGUCUAUGUCUCCAAAACUCUUGGAUCUGAUCCAAGACAUCGAACCACUAGAUAUUAGCCUCAUCCAGAAAGAUGUUCCUCCUACUACCAUUGAUGCUAUGAAAAGGACUAUUUCAGGCAUGCUAGGAUUGCUUCCUUCGAAUCAAUUUCAAAUUCUUGUUGAGGCUUUGUGGGAACCUCUCUCCAGAUUGCUGGUGUCUUCAAUGAUGACUGGAUAUACUUUAAGAAAUGCUGAGUAUAGGCUUUGUUUGGAGAAAAACCUUGAUAUUCAUGAUGAAAAUAAUGAGAGUCAAAUAUCAGAGGCCCUCAAUCUUGGUUUGCAGGAACUAUUACUUGACAGUGUUAGAAGAGUCCAAGUUGCCGAUGAAAGUGUGGUUUCUUCUAGUGGUGAGGAAAUUGCUGAAAAUCCAUCUGAAGAUCUCAGUAGCGAAGACAUUGGUGAAAUAACUCCGGAAAUUCAGUCCUACAUUCGUCACUUGCGUUCUCGGUUAUCUGCUACUAAGAAGGAGCUUAGAGAAGUCAAGAGGAAGAAUGCUGCUCUUCAGAUGCAACAAUUUGUGGGAGAGGAAAAGAAUGAGUUGUUGGAUUAUCUGCGCUCAUUGCAGCCUGAGAAGGUGGCAGAGUUGUCAGAACCAACCUCUGCUGAAGUCAAAGAAACAAUUCAUUCUGUUGUCCAUGGUCUCCUUGCAACAUUAUCUCCAAAGAUGCACUCAAAGGCCCCUCCUCUGUCAGAGAAGAAUGCUGCUGGAGCUUUAAAUGUUGAAAAUGAAGAUUGUGCGGAACUUAUUGAAAACACUUCGCUUAAUUUUCAGCCCAUAAUUUCACUGACCAGAGAUUAUCUUGCACGUCUUAUAUUCUGGUGCAUGCUGUUGGGACACUACGUUAGAGGUCUUGAAUACCGAACACAACUGACGGAACUACUUUCACUUUCACCAAACAAUGAAGAUAAUAGCCUUGAUAGGGAGUAAAUUACCUGAAAGCCUGGAAGGUCUUUCUAUUGUUGUUGUCAGUCAUCCCAAUGACGAUGAGGGAGAGCAUGCCUUGAUGAAAUGCACUGUCUAUAUGUAUUUCGGAAAAUGUACAGUGUGCAAAAAGGCACUAUUAAUGUUUCCUCAAUGAGGGUUGUAUCUUGUUUAUUAGUGUAUCAUGUAGUUGCUAAUGUGCCUCUUCGUUUGGCUUCUCUCGAGGCAAAGUAUUAUUAUGAAUACCAGCUUCACAGAAACAUCAGCAGGCAGUGUUUUACACUUGAUGAGAAAUUUUGUACUGAAUAUUAUACCGUUAAUGUAGCAGCUUACUGCUUGCACUUGUGAUUCAGUUGAUGAUUACAGGUUUUGCGUCA